GGCCUCUUCCUAUGCUCCGCCAUUUUGUAUAAGACGAAUGCUAAUCAUGGGCGCUCUUACAUACACUUUAUUUAUGACUAGAAUAAAACUGAGACACUUCAGUGCAAAGUCAAACUUGUUGCAAAUGUAUUAGCUGCGAUUGUUCUGUACUUUUCACAUACUUAUGACCUACAUGAAAACAGAAAAUAUCACCUUAAUGUGUUGUUGAACAUGCGUCAGGACCAAAACGUUAUAUCGUUUUAUUAGUCGAUUAAAAACGAGUUUAAGUUUUCACAAUCGGUGCAGGAAACAGUGUUCGCUGCACAAUUGUUAUACAAAUUACCCUCGCACGUAUUCUUAGCCAGAAAAACAAGCGGGUUUUAGAGAUACUGUUAAAACGAGGAAAAGAUGAACUUAUAUGGUAAACUUCAAGUUUAGACAUAUUUCCCCAUGUUUGUCACUGAUCCUGAUCAAGGUUCAGUCUAAUGGCACCGUUUGUGCAUUCAUUUCUGUGUUUGUUGAUCGGGAAAACAAUAAUAUUUCUGACUGUUUUGUCUGAAAGCGAAGUGCAUGGUGGAUCCUGCAAAGCCUGCACACAGUCGCCCUCCAGCGGUGAUGUGAGGCACUGCUGUUUACAAGUGCAGGUUGGGGAUAUUGGAGGAGUGGGAAUGACUGACACUCCACCAAGUGAUGCCCCCUCCCAGGGAGCUGAGUUUGAUAUGAUGGGUGCUCUCGACUGGAAGGAUGGUAUUGCCACGCUGCCAGGCAGUGACAUCAGGUUCCGCAUGACAGAGUUUGGGACUCUUGAGAUUGUUGCAGACAUAGAGGUCAAGGGGCCGCAGACAAAACCUAAGUCUGAGACCUCGGACCCGGCACAGUCUCAAACUCCCACCCCUCCACCAGAGAACCAAUCUCAGACUGGCACAGCUAUAAAACCAGCUGCUAAGAUUCAGCCAGGAUCAUCUCAAGGAAAAGUGAAGAGUUUCAGCUCCUUCAUCCUGUUUCGUCCUCCAGCCCCCCGUCCUGUGCUUCUGUCCUUAGAGGAGGGCCCCAGUAUGGAGGGUCCCAGUGUGGAGGUUGGCCCAAGUGUUGAAGUUGGCUCUAAUGCAGCAGACACAGGCCCAAAUGGGGAGCUGUCUAGGUGUCGGGCAUGCGGUGGCAGCGUUUCCCAGGAUUCCCUCUUUCAGGGCAAAUUCUGUAGCUCCAUUUGUGCCCAGCCCUCCAGUGGCAGGUCGUCUCCAGGGGAAGCGAGAGAGAAUCAAGCAGUAGAGGGUGAGAGGCUGGGCAAACGUGUGCGUAAAAAGAGGAAGAUCUACAUGGAUUCUGGCGACGAAGAGGAAGAUAAUCAAGAUGAACCAGAGGAAAAAGCAAAGACUGCCAAAGGCAGAAGAGGUGCCAAAAUUGCCAAACUGGUGACUGCCCCAACCAGUAAGAAACGUUCAUGGAGCUGGCCUGCUUACUUGGAAGAGGAGAAGUCGAUCGCCGCCCCUGUUAAACUAUUCAAAGAGCACCAGUCGUUUCCUCAAAGUAGGAACAGCUUUAAGGUGGGAAUGAAGCUGGAGGGGCUGGACCCGUCUCACCCAUCUCUGUUCUGUGUGCUCACUGUUGCAGAGAUCCAAGGCUACAGGGUAAGACUCCACUUUGAUGGUUACCCAGAGUGCUACGACUUCUGGGCAAACGCAGACUCGUGGGAUAUGAAACCAGCCGGCUGGUGUGAGAAGAAUGGACACAAAUUAUUGUUGCCUAAAGGCUGUAAGGAUGGAGAUUUUAAUUGGAGCAUGUAUGUGAAGAACUGCAGGGGUCAGCUGGCCCCAAAACACCUUUUCAAAAGCCUAAACACGUCUGUGACACCGUCUGGCUUUAGAGCAGGGAUGAAGCUGGAGGCGGUUGAUAGAAAGAACCCGACAUUGAUCUGUGUAGCAACCAUUGCCGCUGUGGUCGACAACCGAUUGCUCAUACAUUUUGACAACUGGGAUGACACGUAUGAUUACUGGUGUGAUGCUAGCAGUCCGUACAUCCAUCCUGUGGGGUACUGUGAAGAGGCUGAGCUAACUCUGACCACUCCAGCUGGUAAGACACAGACCAAGACACAUGUGGAAUAUAAGCAGCCCAAGAGUUUCUCAUGGGAGAAGUACCUGGAAGAGACGGGCACACAGGCUGCUCCUGCUCGGGCUUUCAAGCCGCGACCUCCACACGGCUUCCAGAUUGGCAUGAAGGUGGAAGCUGUGGAUAAGAGGAACCCCAUGCUCAUCCGCGUUACAACCAUAGCGGACACAGAGGAGCACCGACUAAAGAUUCAUUUUGAUGGCUGGAGUUCAGAGUAUGACUACUGGGUGGAGACUGACUGCCCUGAUCUGCACCCUGUAGGCUGGUGUCAGAAAACUGGACAUCCACUACAAUAUCCUAAUGGCUCCAGUGAAUUAUUGGCUGCCCCAGGACAGGGAUGUCCUACCCCAGGAUGCAACGGGGUUGGUCACAUCAGAGGACCUCGCUAUGGGACGCACUACACGUUAGUAGCAUCCACCAGUCAGGUGAGCUGUCCGUACUCUGAGAUGAACCUGAACAAAGAGGGCUUGCUUCCAGACCGACUCAGCGGGGAACGACCUCUCACCCUCAGUGGACCUCAUCCUCGGGGUCGUCGGCCUGACUCUCAGACAAUCGCUACCAUACCUACCUCCACAACGCCAGAGCAGCCAGAGGGAGCUGACGACGCUCAGAACAGGAAACCGGUGACAGUGGAAGCUGACCGUUCAGGACGCAACAGCCAACAAGAGCCACCAAGUGGAGCUAGUGAGCAGAGCCACAAUGGAACGAGGCCUAAACGGACGGCUCCAGUUCCUAAAUAUCUGAAAAUGCAUUAUGUGAAAGAGGAAAUCAGCGAUAGUAAAGCCUCUCCAGAUGCCAUCUCUCUCCAGCAGGCCCUCCAUGAGUCUGUGUUCUCCCCUGGCAUCUCCGCCUCCCCCCCUCACCGGGUGGCUCUCUGCUGGGACAAGCACUGCCAGCUGCUGCCUGAGGUCCUGGGGCUGACUGCCAAGAGAGUGGCCACUUGGAGCGCUGAGGAGGUUUCUGGCUUUGUGAAAGGACUGCCAGGAUGUAAAGAACACGCAGCCACAUUUAAAACGGAGCAAAUAGACGGUGAGGCUUUCCUGCUGCUCACCCAAGCUGACAUCGUCAAGAUCCUGUCAAUCAAGUUAGGACCCGCCCUGAAAAUCUACAACUCCAUCCUCAUGUUAAAGAACGCAGACGAGGAGUAAGAGCAGUUCCCUCCAGUUCCUGAAACACCCAGCUGAAGACUUUUGAUAAAAUGAGCCUGAACCAGUUUCAUCCAUUAGACGCUGCAAAAAACUGCAGCUACACAACAGAAACGAGUGAAAGCCAUCAUCAAAGAAAAAAAAACGUCCAUCAUCGUGCAGCCCCCCAAACCCCCAUUCCCUUCUCUCUCCAUUAUUGACUGUGCUGAUGAACCCUGAGAGAGAGAUUUACAUGAAACCAUGAGGCUUUAUUGACUCAUAUCGUGUUUGUUUACUGAAUUAUCAAAAAAAAAAACUAUCGUCACCUUCAAUGCUUCUUAAUAUUGUACAGUUUCUGGAUUGGAUUUAGUGCCACCGUUCUGUUGCUUUUUCUGUUUUCUUCAAAGAGUAAUUGUGCUUGAGCUCACAGAUGAUAAACAAGCAAGUUUGUGCUUUGCUGCUUUUUACUUGGCAACAUCACGUUUUUUGUUUUUUUUUAAGCUGCAAAAUACAAUCGUGGGGCAGUAAGAGGUUUCUAAAUGUGAAACCCAGUGGAGCAGAAGCACUAUGUAGUUCAGCCAUUGUCCUAUAGAUGGAGAGAGUGAGCCGCUUUAAAAGCCCAGAGGCAAGAGAGUUUGUUUAAACUGGAGUUGGCUGCAACUGAAAGAGGAGGGGGUUGUAAGGUUUGUGUGUGUUGUGUGUGUGUGUGUGUGUGUGUGUGUGUACAGAUGUGACUAAGUGUGUUUGAGAAAUGAGCAUGUAUUUUCCCACCAGUCUGUGUUUGUUGCUUUUCUGGUCGGAGGAUUGUUUUGUGACAAAGCAGGGCUAAGGGCUAAACCUUAAAUCACGGAAACUUGUAGUCUUUUAAGGUGGAAUGAGACGAUGAACCAGCUCCGUUCUUCUCUAUCAGCUUCAUUCUUUCGUUUUCCGGUAACAGCACAUGAAUAUGAAUGUUUAAAAAAAAAAAACAGCUUUUAGUUGUGUUGUUGAUAUUGAUCGUCUCAUUGUAAAUAUAUAUAUAUAAAAACAUCUACAAAAGGACUCUGCUUGCUCCCUAACACAGUUUACUCCUGCUUGGUUAUGCAAAGCCUUGACUUCUGUCCACAGGCGAGGACAUCGAGGCAGUGAACUGGAAAAUACGAGCCUCAAUUCAUACAUAGAUUUUGAGAAACAAAACAUUGUCAAUGUCUUUGUAAUUCAACUGUACUUCUUCAGCAAGUUGGAUUGUGUACAUCAGCAACUGUUUAUAUGCAAACAGCUUUUAUUUAUGUAUUCUAAUUUAAGGUAAUGGUAUGCUGUUUUGGCUCGGAGGUAACUGUGGCUGUUUGAAGGAAUGGGUGAAAAUAAAUGAGAUGUACACUG